UCCAGGUCAGCCAGGAAGAGAAGGUCUUCCAGGAGCUCCAGGACAUGCAGGCCAUAAAGGCAUGAGAGGAGAUGACGGUGAUCCUGUAGGGACUGGACUGCCAGGACCUCCAGGUUUAAAUGGGGACCCAGGUGACCCUGGUCUCAGGGGAAUUAGCCUUGAAGGCCAUCCAGGACCUCCUGGUUUACCAGGACUCCCAGGCAGGAAGGGUUUCCCAGGAGAUGUCCUCUCUGCUAGUCCAGGUGCUACUGGCCCACCUGGUCACCCUGGGGCUAUAGGGACAAAAGGACCUCGUGGCCUUCCUGGAAACUCAGGAUUUCCAGGUGUACAAGGCCAACCUGGACAACCAGGCAGUAAAGGAGAGCCAGGCAUCAGUGGUGACCCUGGUGCCACCGGUGUCCCAGGAACUUGUACUGUAUGUGAGCUGUAUGGAUAUCCAGGUCCUCCAGGACCUCCAGGAAACCCUGGACGCCUGGGAGUACCAGGAUUCAUUGGUCAGAAGGGUUUGAAGGGAGAUAUUGGUCCACCUGGUCACGGACAGAGGGGUCCUCAAGGUUUCCCUGGCCCUCCUGGUGGGCCAGGUUCCCCUGGACCACAAGGCACCACAGGCCCUCCAGGAGAUCCUGGAAUUGAUGGCUGGCCAGGACCAAAAGGUGAAACAGGCUACCCUGGCAAGGCUGGGGCAAGAGGUUUACCAGGUCGACCUGGACCUCCAGGACUCAGAGGUAAACAGGGAGAGAGAGGCUUUACUGGCCGACCGGGUGGCACAGGAGACCCAGGAUUGCCUGGUUCUAAAGGAUUACGUGGUCCCCCAGGAUUACCAGGCCUAUUAGGGAUUGUGAAUGUGACAAAAGGCCCAGCGGGACUUUCAGGAAGGAGGGGGCUGCCAGGCCAAAAAGGACUUGCAGGCUCAAAUGGCACAAGAGGAAUACCAGGUGACUCAGGGCCUGAUGGAAGGCCUGGUCCACCAGGGUGUAAGGGCAACACUGGUCCUCCAGGCAGGGCAGGAAUACCAGGACCUCCUGGAUCCUCUGGAAUCAAAGGUUUCCCUGGUCCAAGGGGACAUUCUGGGCAUAGUGGAGAUCCGGGAGAUCCAGGGCCUACAGGACAUAGGGGUAUACCAGGGCUACGAGGAUUUCCGGGUAUGAAAGGUGAGCCAGGGCUAUCUACUGGACAACCUGGUCCGCCCGGACCCAAAGGAUCCCAAGGGGAGAGUGUAUCCUGUGGAAUCAUAGGAAGCCCAGGAGAUCCAGGUGACCCAGGACUCAGGGGGAUGCCAGGACAGCCUGGGCAACUAGGUAUUCCCGGGGAACCAGGAGCACCAGGAGGACAAGGCUUGCCAGGGCCUCGUGGCCAACCAGGCCUUCCUGGUUUUCCAGGUAUUCCAGGUGAUCAUGGAGGUGUGGGACCACAGGGCCCAUGUGGCCCAUAUGGACCUCCAGGUCCCCCUGGACCACCAGGUCUGGAUGGAUUGGAUGGGCUUAGAGGUCAAAAAGGGAUGAAAGGGGCAAGUGGCAUAGAUGUGCCUGGCCCACCAGGACCAAAUGGUUUCCCUGGAGUCAAAGGUCUGCAAGGCCGUCCAGGACCUCCAGGAGCCAUUUCUCCUGGGCCUAAAGGCCCAAGAGGCCCAUCUGGUGACACAGGUCCUCCAGGCCCGCCAGGUGUACCAGGCUACCCUGGCAUGGAAUGUUUCACACCUUCACCAGGGCCCCAUGGAGAUAUAGGAUAUCAAGGACCCUCAGGACUUCCAGGUGGCCCUGGGGAACAGGGCCCUCCAGGCAGUGGCAUUUCUGCCAAAGGAGACCAAGGACCGCUUGGCCUGCCAGGGUUACCAGGCCACAAGGGAGAAAAGGGCCUGCCAGGACCCCCUGGACCUCAGAGCCAUUCAGGCUUUGUCGGUCCAAAAGGUGAGCGAGGUCCCACUGGUCCCAUGGGUGCUGUAGGACCCAAAGGUCAGCAAGGUCUCCCUGGGCGCCCUGGUCGCAAGGGACAACCUGGCCCACCUGGAAAUAUGGGUAUCAAAGGUGCUCGUGGUGAUUCUCAGAUCAGUGGACACCUGUGGAUGGCUCCCUAUGGACCUCCAGGACUACCUGGUUCUCCGGGAUCUCAGGGAUUCCCUGGUGAUGUGGGUCCUCCUGGAACUCCAGGACGUAAAGGAGAGAAGGGUCCUAAAGGGUCUAUGGGACUCCCUGGUCUGCCAGGUCCUGCUGGACAUAAUGGUUCUGUUGGAGACCCAGGAGAAAGUGGUCAACGAGGAUUUACUGGGCCUCAAGGUAUCCCAGGUCCGCCCGGUAAUCCAGGUGAGCCAGGCUGCAGGGGGGCAUUGAGAUCAGGCUUCCUUUUGGUUAUCCACAGCCAGUCGAUUCAGGUGCCACGGUGCCCUGAAGGCAGCGGUCAGCUUUGGGUAGGCUACAGUCUGGUGUACCUGGAGGGACAAGGAAAGGCUUACACACAAGACCUGGGCCAGGCUGGCUCCUGCCUCCCUGUUUUCUCCACUAUGCCUUUCUCCUACUGCAACAACGCUGCCUGUCAUUACUCCAGUCGAAACGACAAAUCCUCUUGGCUCUCCACCACUGCUCCUAUACCCAUGAUGCCACUGUUUGGCCAGGAGAUUAACACCCACAUCAGCCGCUGCGUCGUGUGUGAGACAGUUUCACCCGCGGUGGCUUUUCAUAGCCAGGAUCACACAAUCCCCACCUGUCCACCUGGCUGGAGGAGUCUGUGGAUGGGUUACUCUUUCUUCCUGUACACAGGGGCCGGCGACAGAGGUGGUGGCCAGUCUCUGACCUCUUCUGGCAGCUGCCUCAAGGAUUUCAGAACUCAUCCUGUCAUAGAGUGCCAGGGUGCACGAGGAUCCUGUCACUACUUUGCCAACCUCUACAGUUAUUGGCUGACUACUGUGAGUCCAAAGGAGCAGCCCGCCACCAUCAAAGCAGCCGACCAACAGCGACGCAAGGCCAGUCAGUGUCAUGUCUGCCUCAGAGAAAAAUAAAGGUCAUCUCCUCACUUUUAGCUGUAUCUUUAAGCCACUGUAUUUUCAAAAGCUAACUCUGAUUACCACUCAGGGCUUUAUUUAGAUUAACUUGAUGAGAGAAAAUGUGGUCUAACAAUUUUUACAGUUACCUUAAUAUGAAGUUUUUUUUUUUAAUCUAUAAUACUCCUGUCACUGUGUCUUGUCUGUCAUUAUUGUUAACUUGGUGCUACUUCUAAUGAUAUAAAUAUUUUAAUGACUGAUCAUCUUGCUGCUGUACCUUUUUUAAAAUUAUGCAUUC